UAUAUAUAUACCUCGAGCGAGUAUACCCCUUUCACGCUCUUGGAGUAGGUUGUACCAGCAGCGCUUGAUGUGAUCGAGGUACAGAGGGCUUCCUCGAUGGCUAGUCCCUCUGGUGAGCGAGCCAAGUAGCUCUUCAGCCUUCUUCCCACAAAUCUGAGCAAUAACGGAUGGCGGAGAUGUGAACCAACUCCGUCUCAACAUCUGGUCUUUUGGGCAUAAAUGGAUCAACAGUCUAUUUCUAUAACUCAACAAUUCAUCUUACCAGCUGGCCAGCGGGGAGGGUAGGUCCGAGCAUAUACGCACAGAACACACGCAGUCGAGAAGGGAACGAUAGACUGAGACUGUUGUAGCCACUUGAAUCAUCCAACAUGUCAUCACUUGCGUCUGCCCGUUUAGCAGAAGAGCGAAAACAAUGGAGAAAGGAUCACCCGCAUGGUUUCUUUGCUAAGCCGGUGAAGAAGGCCGAUGGCAGUCUGAACCUCAUGGAAUGGGAGGUCGGUAUCCCAGGAAAGGAGAAGACAGAUUGGGAGGGAGGACUGUACAAGAUUCGAAUGACGUUCCCAGAGGACUUCCCUACGAAACCGCCAAAGUGCAAAUUCGAACCACCACUCUUCCACCCUAACGUCUAUCCGUCCGGUACGAUCUGUCUCUCCAUCCUGAAUGAGGACCAAUCAUGGAAGCCGUCCAUCACCAUAAAACAGAUCGUACUGGGUGUUCAGGAUUUAUUGGACAAUGCCAAUAUCAACGAUCCGGCUCAGGUUGACGCGUAUAGCAUGUUUAAGAAUGACAGAGAGAAAUACAACAAAAGGAUCAAGGCUCAGGCUCUCGAACGAAGGCCUCAAUAGUCCUUCUUCAGCACUCAGUGUCUGAUCUCUUCUGACCCGAUCUCCAUUCUGCAGCAUGUUUCAUGAGUCGUUCAACGUCAGCGACUGCUGGACUUCAUCCCCAUGUGCGAUUCUCGUCUAUCAGUGUGUGUAUAUAUUUUUUUGAGGGAGAAAGUCUGGAGAAAGAAUUUGGAGUUCGACGGCGAACCCUCUGUCGAGUCUUACAGGCUGCAUGUCGCAUAUAUUGUAGAUGAGAAAGCAUCGAGUGACCAGAUCAGAGAUGAGCCCAGUUUUUUUGAUUCCGUACACUGUUGUCAGAG